GUUUUAUCUAGACAGAUAGCGCACUCUAUCUUCACUGUGAUGCCCCGCCGAUAACCCUGAUUACCUAGGAUUAUUCUGUCGACCUCCAGGCUCUGCCUGUUUCAGGCAGCACUCGCGCGACAUCCGCGCGGCUUGAAUUAACCUCUUUAAAUUCGGCAUUCAUUCCAAUAUUUGUCGAUCAUCAUAUUCGACAAGAUCAAAAUGCCCGAUCUAGGCGACGCGGAAACAAUCCGCAUCCUCGUCUCAACCGACAACCAUGUCGGCUACAACGAACGGGACCCCAUCCGGGGCGAUGACAGCUGGAAGAGCUUCCACGAGGUGAUGUGUCUGGCCAAAGAGAAGGAUGUGGAUAUGGUCCUCUUGGCUGGCGAUCUCUUCCAUGAGAACAAGCCCUCGCGGAAGUCCAUGUAUCAGGUCAUGCGGUCCAUCCGCAUGAACUGUCUCGGCGACAAACCGUGUGAGAUGGAGAUGCUCAGCGACGCGAGUGAAAACUUCCAAGGCGCCUUCAACCACGUCAAUUACGAGGAUCUCGACAUCAAUGUGGCGAUUCCCAUCUUCUCUAUCCACGGCAACCACGACGACCCGUCCGGCGAAGGCCACCUGGCGGCCUUGGAUUUACUACAGGUGUCGGGACUGCUGAACUACUAUGGGCGAACGCCCGAGUCAGAUAACAUCCACAUCAAGCCUGUUUUGCUUCAAAAAGGACGGACUAAACUAGCGCUCUACGGUAUGAGUAAUGUUCGGGACGAGCGAUUAUUCCGCACAUUUCGCGACGGCAAGGUCAAAUUCUACCAGCCUUCGAUUCAAAAGGAUGACUGGUUCAACUUGAUAUCCGUCCAUCAGAACCACCACGCAUACACAGAAACCAACUACCUGCCUGAAAACUUCCUCCCCGAGUUCCUGGAUCUUGUAAUCUGGGGACACGAACACGAGUGCUUGAUCAACCCCCGACUUAACCCCGAAACCAAAUUCCACGUAAUGCAGCCUGGUUCAUCAGUCGCAACAUCCUUGGUGCCUGGUGAAGCUGUGGCUAAACAUGUGGCUAUCCUCAGUGUGACGGGCCGGGAAUUCAAAUGCGAGCCUAUCCGCCUGAAAUCUGUGCGCCCGUUCGCCAUGAGGGAGAUCAUCCUCUCACAAGAAAAGGGAGCACAGAAACUAGCCCGCAAGGAAAAUAACCGCACCGAAGUGACGCGCUUUCUGAUGACGAUCGUCGAGGAACUCAUCGAAGAAGCAAAGGCAGAAUGGUUAGAAACGCAAGAAGGCAACGACGCAGACGAGGAAGAAGAGGUCCCGCUACCACUCGUGCGACUACGUGUCGAAACAUCCACACCGGAGGGCGGUAGCUUUGACUGCGAAAACCCGCAGCGAUUCUCCAACCGGUUCGUGGGCAAGGUCGCCAACGUCAACGACGUGGUGCAGUUCUACCGGAAAAAGAAAAACACCACAACCCGCACGAAAGAAGAUGAGAUCGACGAAGCCGCCGUGUCCCACCUCGCGACGCUGGACACCGUGAAAGUGGAGCAGUUAGUACGCGACUUCCUCUCCUCUCAGUCUCUCAGCAUCCUCCCACAGAACUCCUUCGGCGACGCCGUGGCCCAGUUCAUCGACAAAGACGACAAACACGCGAUGGAGAUGUUCGUCAACGAUUCGCUCGAUAGCCAGAUGAAACAUCUCAUGUCCUUGGACCGCGACUACGAGGACAUGGACGAAGCGACCGUCGAGAGCUCGCUCCAGAAGGCGAUGGAGAAGUACCGCACCCAAAUGGAAGACAUGUUCUCGCGGGGCGUCAAGAAGCGCACUCGCGGCAAGAAGCGCUUCAAGUCUAAGCCCGAUGAGUGGGACAGCGAAUUCGACGGUUCCUGGGAAGACCAGCCGGGAGCUCUCAUCCGCUCCGACAAUGAGGGCGGAGACCCCAACGCGGAGGAAGCCGGCGCAGACGGCACCGAACAACCUCCCGGCCGGGCUUCGACACGAGGCCGUGGACGAGGUCGCGGAGGCAGAGCCGCCGCAGCAACCACCAGCACUCGCAAAGCAGCCACAAGCACCAAGGCAGCAUCGACCGCGAAAAAGGCUGCACCCGCCAAAACCACGAAAGCGCGAGGCCGUCGUGCCGUUUCCGACGAAGACGAGGAUGAGGACGACAACGAUGUCAUUAUGUUGGAUGAUGACGAUGACGACGAGCCGGACGCAGCACAAGCAAUCUCUGAAGAAGACGAGGAUGACUCCCAGUCCUUAUUCGUGAAGCAACCUGCCACAAAAUCUCGAUCAAAGGCACCCGCCGCCCCAGCGAAAACAACAACCAGCCAACGGCGUACUCGGGCGGCGCCCUCCCCCGCCCCGUCUUCGAACACGGUAGGAGGCACUGCGUCCCGCCGGGGUAAUACAGGCGCAAGAGGCCGACAGACUCAGACCACGCUGAGCUUCACCGGCUCUCAAGCCAGUGCGGGUGCUAGUCAGUCGAAACGGCCCACCCGCACAACUCGACAGAGAGAUGUCAGUGUGGUGAGCGAGGAUAUCGAUGACAGUGACGAUGCCUUUGAGCCUAUGCCUAGCUCUAAUAGGCGUAGGUAGGCAUCGAAGUCACAGUGGCAUCAGAUCGAGGUGGAAAUUUAAGCAUUGAAUUAUGAUGUCGGAUCAGAUUGCUCAUUUACUUUGCAUUUUCGGCGUUCCAUGUAAGCAAAGGAAUUAUCUCAGAAGGUUUUAGCGUGAAAUAAAAAGUCUCCCAAU